AUGCAUCCAUCACCGAAUGAAAUCCCGGAAGAGGUUAACCUCACUACACUUGCAGGUGUGUCUGUGACUUCCUGUGUAAGUUUGUUUGUAAUGUUAUUGUCAGUGAGGUCUCAGUGUCACCAUGUCCCUCAUACAGAGAUGUCUCUUCUGCCUUCUAAUUCCCGUCAGUGAGUAUUGGGAGAUAAUUUACCCUAAUUGGAGAAUAUUUAAAUUUAAAUAAAAAAAAAACUUUAAUUAUUAUACUUACUUGGGUGAUUAUUUAUUAAUAAAUGAGCUAUGGUGCAUCAUCAAAGGAAUCCCACAUUUGCAGAGACCAAAAAAGUCAAGACAGAAGAUCAUCUUCGACCAUUUGUUAGGAGUUUGUUAUCUGGAAAUGUGAUUAACAAGUCCGUACACAAACUGUUUAGAUGUUUCCAGAUGUUUCCAAUCAGUCAGAAAUGCUGUGAUAUUGCAUAUAAUCUUCUUUUCGUAUCGUUUCAGGUCUGGCACAGACAUCCACCAUUAAUCAGUGGCCCAGAACAAUCAUGAGAGAAUUAGGUUCCACGGUACACAUGAACUGCACUCAGACAACAGACCACGAAUAUAUGUACUGGUAUCUACAGAGGAAUGGUCAAGGACUAGAGCUUAUAGCCCGGUAUCUCCGUGACCAAACACCCGAGUACGAGAAUGAUAUUUACAAAGACAGGUUUAUAAUGACCAGGACUGAUUCAGCAAAGAGGACUCAACUGGAAAUCAAAUCUGUGAAGAAUCAGGAUGAAGGGAUCUAUUUUUGUGCUUCUAGUGAUGCACAGUGA